AAAUGAUAAGAAGGUUGGAAAAAAAAAGGGAUAAGACGAUUACAAACCACAAUUUAAAUAUAGCAUAUAAAUAUAUAUAUAUAUAUAUCAUCAAUUGAACAUUAAAUAAACGAACAAUCCUAAUAAAAUGUCGAAAUUAAGAGUUGCUGUAGGUCAAUUGACUUCAUCGUCGAAUAUUUUUCAUAAUGCCACGAUUGUUAAUAAAUUAAUUUCGAAAUCAAAAUUGAAUAAAGUUAAUAUAUUAUUUUUACCAGAAGCUACUGAUUAUUUAUCAAGAAAUGCUGGACAUUCCUUAGAACUAGCUAAUCAAAUCGAUGAGAAAUUCUUACCAUUGAUUCAAUCUCAUUUAAAACUGGAAUUCCCCAAGACAGAAGAAGAAGAAGAGGAAUUUUAUGUUGCAAUUGGUAUUCAUCAACCUUCACCAACCACAAAUCGAGUUCAAAAUAAUUUAAUUUGGAUUAAUUCUCAAGGGGAAAUCUUAAAGAAAUAUCAAAAAUUACAUUUAUUCGAUGUUAAUAUUAAAAAUGGACCUAUUUUACAAGAAUCAAAAUCAGUUGAACCAGGGAAAUUAGUUUUAGAUCCAUUUCCAGUUUCAUCUCAAUUUCCAGAUUGGAAAGUUGGAUUAGCGAUUUGUUAUGAUAUAAGAUUCCCCGAAUUAAAUCAUGCUUUAACUAGACAUGGAGCUAAUAUUAUCACUUAUCCAUCAGCUUUCACUACUAAGACAGGAGAAGUUCAUUGGGAACUCUUAGGUAAAACUAGAGCCAUUGAUUCUCAAAGUUAUAUAGUUAUGCCAGCUCAAUGUGGUCAUCAUGAUACCAAUGCUGAUAUUACUGAUCCUGCCACGAUUUCAAAAGAACAAACAGUAACAAGAAUAAGUUAUGGUGAAUCACUUAUUAUUGAUCCUUGGGGUAAAGUUUUAGUAAGAUUAUCAAAAUAUACUGAUGAUUUAACUCCAUUUAAAGAUGCUGAUAAUGAUUAUUAUGAAUUAGGAUGGGCUGAUUUUGAUUAUGAUCAUUUAUUAAAUAUUAGAAAAAAUAUGCCACUUAUGGAACAAAGAAGAUCAGAUGUAUUUAAACAUAUUUUAGAUUAACCUAUAUAGACUAAACUAAAUUAAAUAUAGAUAAUAAUAUUAAAAGUAUAUGAUAAAUUGGUGAUUGUUUGUUAAUUGCCAUAUUUUCAGUUACAGUUUGGUAAGAUGUAAUAGUGAUGAUGAGCAGAGUAGUGGUUGUAGUUUCAUAGCCUGUGUUGGUUGUUGACGUAGUUGAUGGAGUUG